AUGCGGAACAUGACAGUUCAACGACUAUCGAGGUCCCUCGCCACCUCCCGAGUGCCUCACAGCAACUCUAACAGCUUCGGCCAAGCUGUGCGCCCUUUCUCCCUCAGCGCAACACAGAAAGUCGACAAAAACCCGAAUGAAAAGCGGGACGCUAUGAAAGAUCGAGAAAAGCUCAACCCAGACGCCGAUGAGUAUGCCCAAUCAGGCACUGACGACACUGCAGCUGCCAACGAGUCGGCGGCCUUCAGCACUAAGAACCCCGACCCUCAAGACGCGAAGAAGGAAGCCGGCAAGGGCAAUAAAGUCAACCCACUAGACGCAAGCCCAGCCAACCCAGAUAUCAGUCAGCCAACUUCAGAGAAAGAUGGAGGUGCAAAGCAGAGGGUGCGAUAA